GUGCAAAAGUAGACAAAGCUACAUAAUUGGCCCAAGACUACAUAGAGAAAAUAUGAAUGAUAUUUCCCAAAAGGCCGAGAUUCUGCUUUCUUCAUCUAAACCUGUCCCAAAAACCUAUGUGCCUAAACUUGGCAAGGGUGAUGUAAAGGAUAAAUUUGAAGCCAUGCAGAGAGCCAGGGAAGAAAGAAAUCAAAGGAGAUCUAGAGAUGAAAAGCAAAGAAGAAAAGAACAAUAUAUUAGAGAGAGAGAAUGGAACAGGAGAAAGCAGGAGAUUAAAGAAAUGCUUGCUUCUGAUGAUGAGGAAGAGAUAUCUUCUAAAGUAGAAAAGGCUUAUGUCCCAAAGCUAAUAGGAACUGUUAAAGGUAAAUUUGCUGAAAUGGAGAAACAAAGACAAGAGGAAGAAAGGAAGAGAAUGGAGGAAGAAAGAAAACGCAGAAUUGAGCAAGAUAUGUUAGAAAAGAGGAAGAUACAGCGUGAAUUAGCCAAAAAGGCAGAGAAGAUUGAGGACAUAAACAAUACGGGAACUGAAUCAGCAUCAGAGGAAGGAGAUGAUUCACUACUUAUAACAGUGGUACCUGUCAAACCAUACAAAACAUCUGGAAAACUAAAAGCAAAUUUUGAGGACCUAGAAAAAGAACGAGAAGAGAAAGACAGGAUCAAUUAUGAAGAAGACCAAAGAGUAAGAUAUGAGGAACAACGACGAUCUCUUAAGGAAGCAAAAUGUCUUUCAUUGGUCAUGGAUGAUGAAAUGGAAAACGAGGCAAAAAAAGAGUCAUUUUUUCCUGGAAAAUUGAAACUAACUUUUGAAGAAUUGGAGCGACAAAGGCAAGAAAACCAAAAGAAGCAAGCUGAAGAGAAAGCAAGACAACGUUUAGAAGAAGAGAAGCGUGCUUUUGAAGAAGCAAGGCAGCAAAUGGUAAACGAAGAUGAGGAAAAUCAAGACACAAAAAACAUUUUUAAAGGGUAUCGCCCAGGGAAACUCAAACUCAGUUUUGAAGAAAUAGAAAGACAAAGGAGAGAAGACGAAAAGAGGAAAGCAGAAGAAGAAGCUAGAAGAAGAAUAGAGGAAGAAAAGAAGGCAUUUGCUGAAGCAAGGAGAAGCAUGGUAGUAGAUGAUGACUCCUCAGGGAUGUAUAAAACAAUUUCUCAAGAAUCUCUCACACCUGGAAAACUGGAAAUUAACUUUGAAGAAUUAUUAAGACAAAAAAUGGAAGAAGAAAAACGACGAACAGAGGAGGAACGGAAACAUAAACUAGAAAUGGAGAAACAGGAAUUUGAACAACAGAGACAAGAAAUGGGAGAGGAAGAAGAAGAAAGUGAAACCUUUGAAUUGAGCAGAGAAUAUGAAGAAUUAAUCAAAUUAAAAAGAAGUGGCUCUAUUCAAGCUAAAAAUCUAAAAAGCAAAUUUGAAAAAAUUGGACAAUUGUCUGAAAAAGAAAUACAGAAAAAGAUAGAAGAAGAACGAGCUAGGAGGAGAGCAAUUGACCUUGAAAUUAAAGAACGAGAAGCAGAAAAAUUUCAUGAGGAAGAAAAUGUUGAUGUCAAACCUGCAAAAAAAAGUGAGGCUCCAUUUACUCAUAAAGUGAAUAUGAAAGCUAGAUUUGAACAAAUGGCUAAGGCAAGAGAAGAAGAAGAACAAAGAAGAAUUGAAGAACAAAAGUUACUACGUAUGCAGUUUGAGCAAAAGGAAAUUGAUGCAGCACUGCAAAAGAAGAGAGAAGAGGAGGAGGAGGAAGAAGGUAGUAUCAUGAAUGGCUCCACUAUUGAAGAUGAAGAACAAACCAGAACAGGAGCUCCAUGGUUCAAGAAGCCUCUAAAAAACACAUCAGUUGUAGACAGUGAGCCAGUUAGAUUUACUGUCAAAGUAACGGGAGAACCCAAACCAGAAAUUACGUGGUGGUUUGAAGGAGAAAUACUACAGGAUGGAGAAGACUAUCAAUAUAUUGAAAGAGGAGAAACUUACUGUCUUUACUUACCAGAAACUUUCCCAGAAGAUGGAGGCGAGUAUAUGUGUAAAGCAGUCAAUAAUAAAGGCUCUGCAGCUAGUACCUGUAUUCUUACCAUUGAAAUGCAAUGCUCCUUGAAGGAACACAAUCAAGGAUGAUACACAGCACAGUCCUCCUCACCCCUACAGAGCUAGUUCUAUACUGGCUGGAUCAAACCUGCACUUCAACAGACAAUGGCAAGACAGACUGUAUUUGCAUGUAGUCUAAUAUAUUAAUAUGCAAAGAGCCAACAAAUAUGCAAAGAGUAAAACAAUGGAUUUCAACAAAAUAUCAGAACUUCAGCAUGAGUGUUAAAGAGUAAUAAAAUGAUUUCAAAUACAUAAAAAAUUAAGUUGAUUCAAUGACUGGACUUGUGCAUUUACAAAACAAAGCUUAUCUAUACUGCAAAAAGAAAAAAAAGAAGCUUGAACUUUUCCAUACCCAAAUUAUGUUUCAAUGGCAGAUGCAAUGUUGCUAUACUUUUUGCAUACUAUUCACUUUCUACCUUUAAUUUGAAAAGAAACACACUAAUAUUAUAUACAUUAAGAGUUGCUUUACACGAAAAAACAAAAACAAAAACAAAACAAAAACCCUGUUCUUAUUAGACUACUCAUAUUCACUGUCUGAAAACUGUUUAAAAAUUAGUUAUGCUGAAACAGUCUUGGAAAUCAAGUAAUUAUCAAAUUAAGAACAGAAAGGUUAACUGUUAUAGCAGCAGUAGAGGUCUGAAACAGUGGUCAUGUAUAAAAGGAAAUUUCACUGUUAAUGCAAUGGAAGGAUGCCAAAGAUCAUUGUACACACAUGCAGUUUUUAAUCAAACACAAGGAAAAAAAAAACAAAGAUAUCAGGAUUACUUGUGCUACAAUAGCCAAAUAUAAUAAAUGGAAAAAGAUCCUCCAAUCUAUCACUAUACUGCAACGGGAAAAAAACAUGCCAGUGUUUAAAAACUCACUAUUUCAUGGGGAAAACUUAUAUAUAUUUGUGUAUAUGUACUUAAUUUAUCAUUGCUAAGAAAUUACGAAUCCUUUAAAUACCCACAUAUCCAACUUACCGACACAGGAGGUUUCAUAUCAUUUAUUGUAAAGCACAAAACAGGCAUUUUAAAAGUGAAAGUAUACAUUGAAAAAGUACAUUUAUAUCACAAAGCAUUGACCACAUAAUAGUUGCAAAUACAUUGCUGGAAUGUGUACAUCUACACUAAAUACUAAAAACAAACCAAUUUUCAUUUCUACACAGAAAUAUUAACCUCCUAUCAGUAGUGAUAGAUAUUUUGUACAUUUUCAAAAAAAAAAAAAAAAACACUAUUU